AAAACCCAGUUUGCAUGACAAUGGUCCUGAUCCUGGUAACCAUGGCCUGCAGACGACACACAACAAGUUCCCGUACAAACUGAAUCACAUGGUCCAAUUAAAUCUGUGAAGUAGGUCUGGUUAGGAUAUAUUCUGAUUUAGAGUGGAAUAAAUUUGAAAGGACAUUACAGUAUUAUUUUCUAUAGUGUGUGAAGACAGCAGAAACUGCCACCAUGUCGGCGGCAGAUUUAGAUUUACACGAUGCCCGUGUGGAAUUCAUGGCAGACUAUGUCAUCAAGACAUUAAAAAUAAAACCAGAUAAAUUUCAAAAGAUGUAUAGUUUGGAAGAUACCAGACAAAUGUUCAUGGACUUCUUUGAAAAAUCAGACUGUCAGUCUAUAGUUAUUGGUCAGCCUACUGGUAGUUUAGUUGCCACAUUGGAAUGGCCCACGAAACCAAAAGCCAAAGCUUGCUAUUUCGUCAAGAUGACGGGAAAUAAUAUCAACAAAGACACCAAUAUGAGGACGGCUCUAAUGUAUGGAGAUCUCUCCUAUGCUCCGCUAGAUCAACUUUCCGCAUUCGUUGACGAGGUUUUAGUUCCACUGUUAUCCAACGACAGAAACCAUGAAUCCUGGCCACAAGUUGUUUCUGCUGAUGUCUCCCGCCAUUCUCAGAGACUUAAAAGUGACGUAUAUGUGGUGUCUGGACAAGCAAAGGGCAAAACCUUAUUGCCACUUCCUGUUGGUGCUGAAAAAGUGGAUGCUGAUGAUGAUAAAGCGGACAGUAUUGACAGACAGCUUAUCCAUGCCAUUGAGUCAGUGGUCAUUGACUGGACACAUCAGAUCAGAGAUGUUCUGAAAAAAGAUUCAGCUCAGCCAUUAUUAGAGGGUCUUAACCCAACACCAUUUGUAGAAAUAGAAUUCUGGAAAAAUAAAUCCACUAAUCUGGAUUGCAUCUAUGACCAGCUGAGAGAUCCAAAAGUAAGAAAGAUGGCUGAAGUAUUGGAAAGGACACAGAGCAGCUAUUUCCCAGUUUUCAAAGAUAUCUUCAGAGAUGUUGUAGCAGCACUUGAAGAAGCCAAGGACAUCAACAUUUACCUGAGACCAGCCAGACAUCACUUUGAGGACUAUGAACAGUCUGAGUUUGAUGAUAGUGGUCCAUUAUUGGCCCCAAUGAUGCACACAGUCUGUUUGAUAUGGGUCCAUUCUCAGUACUACAAUACCCCAGCUAGAAUCAUUGUUCUGCUUCAGGAAAUGUGCAACAUGAUUAUUAACCAUGCCAGAAAUUUCUUAGACCCAACAGAAUUGUUUAAAGGUGAGCUAGAAGAGACCAUAGGCAAGGUCAGGAAGUCUGUUGAGGUGCUCCAUACUUACAAGGAGACAUAUGAAGACCACAAGAAUAAACUGAAGUCUUACUUUGGCGAAGGGGAGGAACCAAGGGAGUGGGAGUUUACUCCUAAACUGGUGUUUGCCAGAUAUGACAAAUUUACAGAGAGAGUUGAGACAGUUUUGGAAUUGAUGGAAACUGCCUUAGAGUUUCUGAAGUUAGAGAAAGUUGAACUUGGUGGAGUUAAAGGAAAAGUGCUGAGUCAGCAAGUUGUACAGUUGUUCGAGGAGUUUAAUGCAGUAUACAGUACCUUCACAACAAGGAGUUAUGAUUCACUGGACCCUAGUAAUCCAGACUUUCUAGAAGAUUAUAGCCGAUUCCAGGAGAAAAUAGGUGAUUUUGAUCGACGACUAGCUACAAUCGUCUGCCAAGCAUUUGAUGACUGUUCAACAUCAGAGUCUAUCUUUAAGUUAUUGGAUAUCUUGGGUACCCUUUUGGAGCGACCCUUGAUAAAGACAGAUUUUGAGUCUAAAUACCCAAUUAUCAUAGAUAUGAUGAACAAUGAACUAGAUACUGCCAAGGGUAUCUAUGAUGCACAAGUGGCUAUGAAGAAAGGCAAAGGAAAAGCUGGUUUACAUAAGAACAUGCCAAAAGUUUCUGGCAGUUUGAGAUGGUCUCAUGAACUCAGAGAAAGGAUAUCUAUUCCCAUGAAAGACUUCAAAUCAAUAGAUCACUCGUGUAUGCAAGGAGAAGAUGCUAAAUUAGUUUAUACCAAGUUUGAAGAAAUGUUGGGACUUUUGAAUGGUUGGGACUCUGAAGUCUAUUCUGAAUGGUCAGCCAGUGUAAGUGAAGCUUGUGCCUUCAAUAUGAGUCAGCCACUGAUCGUUAGAAACGAAGAGACAAACCUUAUACAAGUUAACUUUGACCCACAGCUUACUGCCGUGUUACGAGAAGUCAAAUAUUUGGACGGACGUGAAGAACAGGAGAUACCAGAAUCUGCCAAAGCCAUGUUUGCCAAGAAUGAUACUUUCUGGCGUUUUGUAACCAACUUAGAUCUAAGCGUUCAUCUCUAUAAUAAAGUCAGGAACACUGUGUUAGAGGUUGAGUUUCCAUUAGUUGAAGACCAGUUGAAAGAUAUUGAUGUCCAAUUGGAACAAGCUGAAAAAUCUCUCAACUGGGAGAGUGAAGGGGUAUGGGAAUAUAUCCAAAAGACUAGAGACCAAGUCAUAGACCUCGAGUCCCGUGUACAAAAGGCCAAGGAUAAUGUAGAGGAAAUCAAGAAACUGAUGUCAACAUGGAGUAAAACACCGCUGUUUGAACGUAAAGAAGAAAAACAUGAUUCUCUUUUGAAUUUGGAUGAUAGAAAAGAAAGACUUGAAAAGCGUUACACUAACAUUAAGGGACUAGGCGACAAAUUACAUGAACUGUUAAAGCAAAACUUGGAAUAUUUCAAAGCCAGUGGUAGUUCAGAUACAUGGAAAGCCUAUGUAGAUUAUGUUGAUGAAAUGGUCGUCGAUGGAUUCUUCAACACCAUUCACUGUAGCAUUAAAUUCUUACUAGACAAUACUGAUCCUAAGAUUGAAGUGGAUCCAUUAUUCGAAGCACAAUUAGAACUAAGAGUACCGGAAAUGAUUUUCAUUCCAUCUCUAGAUUACGGAGUAGCCGAUGGAUUCUAUGACUUGGUCGAUAGCCUUGCCGGGGACAUCUACAAACAAGCUUCUCUGAUCCCACGUCUCGCUGCUCAUAGUGGACAGGAAAAUUACCAACCUGAUUUGGAAGAAAUGGAAGAACUGUCUGACAUGAGAAGUGAACUCAUGGAUAGAAUCACUAACAUAAUGAACAAGGCUGUAGAGUAUAGGAAUUCUUUUGAUAAUUACUCCUACCUUUGGGUUGAUGAUAGGACAGAGUUUAUGAGACAGUUCUUACUGUAUAACCAUGUUCUCACACAGGAAGAGAUAGAAGCUCAUGCAGAGGAUAGUGUCCCUGAGAAUCCACCCACACUCAAACAAUUCAAAGAACAGAUUGACACUUAUGAGAAGAUAUACGGAGAGGCAGAACAAAUUCAGCCUACACAGUUAUUUGAGAGCUGGUUCCGAGUAAAUUCUAAACCUUUCAAGCAAGCUCUAUUAAACACUAUAAAAAGAUGGAGUUACAGUUUCAAACAACAUCUAAUUGAUCAUGUGACCAACAGUUUGAAGGAGUUAACUGACUUCAUCAAGACAACAGAUGCUGGAUUAGAACAACAAGUUGAGGAGGGUGAUUACAAUGGGCUGGUCGGAUGUAUGGGUUACCUAUUGGCUGUCAAGGAUAGACAGGCUACGACAGAUGAGAUGUUUGAACCGCUGAAACAGACUAUAGAACUGCUGAAAACUUAUGAUCAGGAGAUGUCUGAGGAAGUACAUCUUCAGUUACAGGAAUUACCUGAACAAUGGAAGAAUACAAAGAAGAUUGCCAUCACUGUAAAACAACAGGUGGCGCCACUGCAGGCUACUGAGGUGGCUAAUAUUAGACGUAACACUGCUACAUUUGACGUCAACCAACAUAAGUUCAGGGAACAUUUCCGCUCCAUACCACCAUUUAGAUACAAUUGUGAAAAACCAUAUCGUAGUAUUGAUUCUUACCAUAAAGAGAUAUCUGAUAUGGAAACAGAAAUGGGUAAACUAUUAGAUGCAGCAGGACUUUUUGAAGUCAAUGUCCCAGAUUUCAAGCAGCUUAAACAAUGUCGUAAAGAACUGAAACUAUUGAAAACUCUGUGGGACUACGUUAUCAUGGUCAGAAGCAGUUUUGAAGAUUGGAAAACAACAUCAUGGAAAGAAAUCAACGUGGAGCAGAUGGACAUGGACUGUAAGAAAUUCGCCAAGGAUAUCCGAUCCCUUGAUAAGGAAAUGAGAGCCUGGGACUCCUACACCGGUGUGGAAGAUAGUGUAAAGAAUAUGUUGACAUCUUUAAGAGCCGUUGGUGAGCUCCAGAAUGAUGCCAUUAGGGAACGCCAUUGGCAACAGCUUAUGGCUGCUACUAAGGUACGAUUUAUGAUGGACGACAAGACAACCCUGGCUGACUUACUCUCCUUGAACCUCCACAACUUUGAGGAUGAGGUCCGUGGUAUUGUUGACAAAGCUGUAAAGGAAAUGAGCAUGGAGAAGGUUCUGAAAGAAUUGGAUGUUACGUGGGCAACGAUGGAAUUUGAACACGAUCCCCAUCCCAGGACAAAGAUUACUAUGCUGAAGACCAGUGAGGAGUUGAUAGAUACUCUUGAAGAUAACCAGGUACAAUUACAAAAUAUGUUGUCAUCUAAAUUCAUCGCUCACUUCCUACAAGAGGUAUCAUCAUGGCAGAAAAAACUAUCGACAGCUGAUCAAGUUAUCCAGAUCUGGAUGGAGGUACAGAGAACAUGGUCUCAUUUAGAAAGUAUCUUCAUAGGAUCAGAAGACAUCAGAAACCAGUUACCUGAGGAUUCCAAAAGAUUUGAUGGAAUUGAUAGUGAUUUUAAGGAAUUAGUGUCUGAAGUUGAAAAGACAAAGAAUGUUGUUGAUGCUACUAACCAGCCUAACUUGUUUGAGAGAUUAGAGGCUCUCCAGGGGCAACUUACACUCUGUGAGAAGGCACUGGCUGAAUAUUUGGAAACAAAGAGAUUGGCAUUCCCAAGAUUCUACUUCGUAUCAUCAGCAGAUUUGCUUGAUAUUUUGUCUAAUGGAAAUAAUCCUCCAGUUGUUGCCCGUCAUCUGACCAAAUUGUUUGAUAGUUUGGCAAACCUUAAGUUUGAGGAGGACGACAAGGGAAACAAAAUCAAAUCUGCCAUAGGUAUGCACAGUAAAGAUGGAGAAUAUGUGGAUAUGGAUAAACCAUGUGAUCUGAAUGGUCAAGUAGAGGCAUGGUUGAUGAGACUGUUGGAGUCCCAGUGUAGUACAGUCAGACAUGAGAUGACUGAAGCUGUUAGCUCAUAUGAAGAAAAACCCAGAGAACAGUGGCUGUUUGACUUCCCUGCUCAAGUGGCAUUGUGUGGCACACAGAUUUGGUGGACUACAGAAGUCAACAUUGCCUUUGCCAGACUUGAGGAAGGUUAUGAAAAUGCCCUGAAAGAUUACAACAAAAAACAGGUAACACAGUUAAACGCUCUCAUUCAGCUGUUGAUUGGCAAAUUGAAUGGAAAUGAUCGUCAGAAAAUUAUGACCAUCUGUACUAUUGAUGUGCACGCUCGUGACGUAUUAAUAAAGUUGGUAGCAUCGAGGGUAGACAGCUCCCAGGCCUUCAGUUGGUUGAGUCAGCUUCGUCACAGAUGGGAUGAUAAUGAGAGGGAUUGCUUUGCUAACAUUUGUGAUGCCCAAUUCCGAUAUUCUCAUGAGUAUCUCGGCAACACACCUCGUCUUGUCAUUACUCCUCUAACUGAUAGAUGUUACAUCACACUUACCCAGUCCCUCCAUUUGAUUAUGAGUGGAGCCCCCGCUGGACCUGCAGGAACUGGUAAAACUGAGACCACUAAAGAUCUGGGUCGUGCUCUUGGUAUCAUGGUCUAUGUGUUCAAUUGUUCAGAACAGAUGGACUAUAAGUCCAUUGGUAACAUCUACAAAGGUCUGGCUCAGUCUGGAGCUUGGGGAUGUUUUGAUGAGUUCAAUAGAAUCGCUGUUGAAGUGUUGUCUGUAGUGGCCGUACAGGUCAAAUGCAUCCAGGAUGCCAUCAAAGAAAAGAAGAAAGAAUUCAACUUCCAGGGAAGUGUCAUCAAACUCGUAUGGACGGUUGGUCUUUUUAUUACCAUGAACCCUGGUUACGCAGGAAGAACUGAAUUACCAGAGAAUCUGAAAGCUUUGUUCAGACCUUGUGCUAUGGUUGUCCCAGAUUUUGAACUGAUUUGUGAAAUCAUGUUGGUAGCUGAGGGUUUCCUUGAAGCUCGUCUUUUAGCCAGAAAAUUCAUUACAUUAUAUACCCUGUGUAGAGAACUGUUAUCUAAACAGGACCAUUACGAUUGGGGUCUGAGAGCCAUCAAGUCUGUACUGGUAGUAGCAGGUUCCCUGAAGAGAAGUGACCCUGAUAGACCUGAAGAUCAGGUAUUGAUGAGAGCCUUGAGAGAUUUCAACAUUCCAAAGAUUGUAACAGAUGAUGUACCAAUUAUCAUGGGUCUGAUUGGUGAUCUCUUCCCAGCUCUGAACGUACCCAGGAAACGUGACAUGGAGUUUGAACAGAAAAUCAAACAAGCCAUCCUUGAUCAGAAACUACAGCCUGAGGAAAACUUCAUUCUUAAGGUUGUACAGCUACAGGAAUUGUUUGAAGUACGUCAUUCUGUCUUCUGUCUGGGUAAUGCUGGUGUCGGUAAAAGUAAAGUAUGGGGAUCACUCAUCAGAACAUACAGAAAUGCUGGCAGGAAACCACAGGCCAUUGAUCUGGAUCCCAAGGCUGUUACCAACAAUGAAUUGUUUGGUAUCAUUAACCCAGCUACCAGAGAAUGGAAGGAUGGUUUAUUCUCGGUCAUCAUGAGAGAUCUAGCCAACCUGACGACAGAUUCUCCAAAGUGGAUUGUCCUUGACGGAGAUAUUGAUCCUAUGUGGAUUGAGUCUCUUAACACUGUGAUGGAUGACAACAAAGUAUUGACACUCGCCAGUAACGAGAGAAUCCCUCUGACACCCAGUAUGAGAUUGUUGUUUGAAAUCAGUCAUUUGAGGACUGCUACCCCUGCUACUGUGUCUAGAGCUGGUAUCCUGUUCAUUAACCCUACAGAUGUAGGAUGGAAUCCAUAUGUCCAAAGUUGGAUUGAUACACGAGAGGUGCAGUCAGAAAAAGCCAAUUUGACAAUCUUGUUCGACAAAUAUGUACCAGUCCUAUUAGAGACCCUUCGAAUCAGAUUCAAGAAAAUCACCCCUAUUGCAGAAGUCAGCCAUAUCCAGAUGUUGACUUUCUUACUGGAGUGUCUACUGACAGAGGAAAAUACACCCCCAGAUUGUCCAAAGGACUUGUAUGAAUUAUACUUUGUCUUUGCCUGUGUCUGGGCCUUCGGUGGUGUUAUGUUCCAAGAUCAGCUUGUUGACUACAGGGUAGAAUUCACUAAAUGGUGGGUAACUGAAUUCAAGACAGUCAAAUUCCCAAUAGCUGGUACAGUAUUUGACUAUUUCAUUGACCAAGAGACCAAAAAGUUUGAACCAUGGACCAAGAGAAUUCCAAAAUUUGAAAUGGACCCAGAUAUGCCAUUGCAGGCUGCAUUAGUACACACAGCUGAAACAACCAGGGUCAAAUACUUUUUAGACAUGUUGGUUGAGAAGAAACGACCAGUCAUGUUGGUCGGUAAUGCAGGUACUGGUAAGACAGUACUUAUGGGAGACAAAUUAUCUGCACUGUCGGAAGAUUUCAUGGUAGCCAAUGUACCAUUUAAUUUUUACACAACGUCAUCCAUGUUGCAAGGUAUUCUUGAAAAACCAUUGGAAAAGAAAGCUGGUAGGAACUUUGGUCCACCUGGAACUCGCCGAUUGAUCUACUUUGUUGAUGAUAUGAACAUGCCAGAGGUUGAUAAGUACUUCACAGUACAACCUCAUACACUGAUCCGACAACAUAUUGACCACGGUCAUUGGUACGACAGGCAGAAAUUGUCAAUGAAAGAAAUCCAUAAUACACAAUAUGUAGCCUGCAUGAACCCUACUGCUGGUAGUUUUACUAUUGACUCUCGCCUACAGCGCCACUUCUGUGUAUUCUCUGUGAAUUUCCCCAACUUGGAUGCCUUGACAACUAUUUAUACCAGCAUCUUACAACAGCAUUUAUCGCUCAACCACUUUGCCGCAGCUGUACAGAAAUAUGCCCCAACACUUAUCUCCGGAGCGGUGUCACUUCAUUCAAGAAUAACCAGUAGUUUCCUUCCAACAGCUGUCAAAUUUCAUUAUAUCUUCAACUUGAGAGAUUUGUCCAACAUUUUUCAGGGAAUUCUCUUCGCCAUGCCAGAUGCAGCUAAAACUCCCAUUGACUUAGUGCGACUAUGGCAACAUGAAGCUGAGAGAGUGUACAGGGACAAACUGGUUGAUAACUCAGACUUGGAAGCCUACGAUAAACUAGUUAAAGAUGUGGUCAAGAAAUCGUUUGAAGACAUUGAGGAAAGUGCUUUAGAAAAAGUACCGCUGAUCUUUUGUCACUUUGCUAACGGUAUAGGAGAUCCCAAAUAUAAUAUCGUAGAAAGCUUUGAAAGUUUAAACAAAAUCUUGGUAGAGUCGUUAGAUAAUUACAAUGAAUUGAAUGCAGUUAUGAACCUUGUACUGUUUGCCGAUGCUAUGUCCCAUAUUUGCCGAAUCAACAGAAUUUUAGAAUCCCCUCGUGGUAAUGCUUUGCUAAUUGGUGUAGGUGGUAGUGGUAAACAGAGUUUGUCACGUCUUGCCGCAUUCAUCAGUAGUUUGGACGUGUUUCAGAUUCAAUUGAGGAAAGGUUACAGUAUUGCCGACUUAAAACUUGACAUUGCUGCACUCUACAUGAAAGCCGGUCUUAAAAACAUGGGAAUGGUCUUCUUGAUGACUGAUGCACAGGUAGCGGAUGAAAAGUUCUUGGUAUUGAUCAAUGAUCUGUUGGCUUCCGGUGAAAUCCCUGAUCUCUUCCCCGAAGAUGAGAUCGAAAAUAUCAUUAAUGGAAUCAGGAAUGAAGUUAAGGGAGCAGGAAUAGAAGAUACCAGAGAGAACUGUUGGAGCUUCUUUAUUGAUAAAGUCAGAAAGACUCUGAAGGUUGUAUUGUGUUUCUCACCUGUUGGUUCAGCACUAAGAGUUAGAAGUCGUAAGUUCCCUGCCGUCACCAACUGUACCUGUAUAGACUGGUUCCAUGAGUGGCCUGUGGAAGCUCUCAACUCUGUGUCAGCCCGAUUCUUAGAAGACAUAGAAAUGUUAUCGCCUGAGAUGAGAGAAUCUAUUUCCGAGUUUAUGGGAUAUGUGCAUACAUCUGUCAACACAAUGUCACAUGCCUAUCUCACAAAUGAACGUCGUUACAAUUACACCACGCCAAAAAGUUUCUUAGAACAAAUCAAACUUUAUCAGAAUUUACUGGAGAAACAGAACGUUGACCUACAAGGAAAGAUCGUUCGUCUAGAAAAUGGUUUGGAAAAACUUAGAAGUACAGCCACACAAGUAGACGAUCUCAAAUCUAAAUUAGCAUCACAGGAAGUAGAAUUAGCACAGAAGAACGAGGAUGCAAACAAAUUGAUUAGCGUUGUAGGUGCUGAAACAGAAAAAGUGUCAAAAGAAAAGGCUAUUGCUGACGAAGAAGAGAGGAAAGUGUCCAAGUUCAGCGAGGAAGUGGGUAAGAAACAGAGAGAUUGUGAAACGGAUUUGGCAAAAGCAGAACCAGCCUUGUUAGCAGCCAAAGAAGCCUUGAAUACUCUGAACAAGACUAACCUGACAGAAUUAAAAUCUUUUGGUUCUCCUCCACCGGCUGUAAUUAAUACAUUGGGUGCUGUCAUGUGUUUGAUGGCACAAGGAGGCAAAGUCCCUAAAGAUAAAAGUUGGAAAGCUGCCAAGAGUACAGUCAUGAACAAGGUUGAUCAGUUCUUGGAUAAUUUAGUCAACUAUGACAAAGACAAUAUUCAUGAAAACUGUCAGAAGGCAGUAGCACCCUAUAUGCAGGACCCUGAAUUCAACCCUGACUUUGUAAGAGGCAAGUCGUUGGCCGCUGCAGGUCUCUGUUCAUGGGUAAUUAACAUCAUCACAUACUAUGAGGUAUACUGUACAGUAGAACCUAAACGUAAUGCCUUAGCUCAAGCUAAUUCUGAGUUAGCUGCGGCCACUGAAAAGUUGCGUCUGAUUAGAGCCAAAUUGGCAGCACUGGAAGCUGACUUGGCCAAACUAACAGCAGAAUUUGAAAAAGCUACAAAUGAAAAGCUCAGAUGUCAACAAGAGGCUGAAAUGACUGCUAAAACUAUUGAGUUAGCCAACAGACUGGUUGGAGGAUUGGCAUCAGAAAAUGUCCGUUGGGCUGAAGCAAUUGGUAACUUCAAAGUACAAGAAAAGACUCUCCCUGGUGAUGUAUUGUUGACCACUGCUUUUGUGUCAUAUGUUGGUUGUUUCACAAAACAAUAUCGUCUUGAUCUGAUGGAUGGACACUGGGUCCCAUAUUUGAAAGGAUUGAAGAGCCCAAUUCCAAUAACAGAGGACCUAGAUCCACUGACUCUGCUCACAGACGAUGCUCAGGUUGCUUCCUGGAACAAUGAAAAUCUCCCUAGUGACAGAAUGUCAACAGAAAAUGCCACCAUAUUGACAAACUGUGAAAGAUGGCCGCUAAUGAUUGAUCCUCAAUUACAAGGUAUUAAGUGGAUCAAAACCAGAUAUGGAAAUGAUCUUAAAAUCAUUCGUCUUGGCCAGAAGGGUUAUCUUGAUGCUAUUGAAAAGGCUGUGGCUAACGGUGAUGUGGUUCUUAUUGAAAACAUCGGAGAAAAUGUUGAUCCUGUAUUGGCUCCAUUGAUUGGUCGUAACACUAUCAAGAAAGGUCGUGCCAUUAAGAUGGGUGACAAAGAGGUAGAUUAUCAUCCUGACUUCAAGUUGAUUUUGCAGACAAAAUUGGCUAAUCCUCAUUACCAACCUGAAAUGCAAGCUCAGACAACUCUUAUUAACUUUACCGUUACUAGAGAUGGAUUGGAAGACCAGUUGUUGGCAGCUGUCGUCAGCAAGGAAAGACCAGAUUUAGAAAAACUCAAAGGUGAUUUGACCAGACAGCAGAAUCAGUUCAAGAUCACCUUGAAAGAACUUGAAGACUCGCUCUUGGCUCGUUUAUCGGCUGCCGAAGGAAACUUCUUGGGUGAUUAUGCUCUGGUUGAAAAUCUUGAACAUACUAAGAGAACUGCAGCUGAGAUUGAAGUGAAAGCUAAAGAAGCUAAGAAGACAGAAGUGGACAUUAACUUGGCCAGAGAGAAUUACAGACCAGCUGCUGGUAGGGCAUCUCUUCUGUACUUCAUCCUGAAUGACCUAAAUAAGAUUAAUCCUAUGUACCAGUUCUCACUCAAGGCUUUCAGUGUUGUAUUUGAGAAAGCUAUUGACAAAGCUGAACCAUCGGAAGAAUUGAAAGAGAGAGUUAACAAUUUGAUUGACUGUAUAACAUACUCUGUAUUUAUGUACACCGCUAGAGGUCUAUUCACAAGAGACAAGAUCAUAUUUACAGCACAGAUGACAUUCCAGAUAUUAUUGAUGGCUAAAGAUAUCAACCCAGUGGAAUUGGACUUCUUAUUGAGAUUCCCUGCUACACCCAAUGUGACAACUCCUGUAGACUUCAUGAAUAAUAACAGCUGGGGAGGAAUUAAGGCUAUGUCUAACAUGGAUGAGUUCCGUAACUUGGACCGUGACAUUGAAGGCUCUGCUAAGAGGUGGAAGAAGUUUGUAGAGAGUGAAGCUCCAGAGAAGGAGAAGUUCCCACAGGAAUGGAAGAAUAAAACCUCUUUACAGAAAUUGUGUAUGAUGAGAGCUCUGAGACCUGACAGAAUGACUUAUGCUGUCACUGACUUCGUGACAGAGAAACUUGGAAACAAAUACACAGAAGGCAGGAGUGUUGACUUCUCUUCAUCUUAUGAGGAAUCAGGUCCUAGCUCACCGAUAUUCUUUAUUCUGUCCCCUGGUGUCAAUCCAUUGAAGGACGUGGAAAUUAUAGGGAAAAAGCUUGGAUUUACUGAUGAUGAUAAAAACUUCCAUAACAUUUCACUAGGUCAAGGUCAGGAAGUUGUUGCUGAACAGGCCUUAGAUAUUGCAGCCAAAGAGGGACACUGGGUCAUUUUACAGAAUGUCCACUUGGUGCAGAAAUGGUUAUCUACCCUUGAAAAGAAGCUAGAAACGUACGGUGAAGAAAGUCAUGCCAACUAUCGUGUGUUUAUAAGUGCUGAACCAGCAGGAUUACCUGAAUACCACAUCAUACCACAGGGAAUCCUGGAGGCUGCCAUCAAAAUCACCAAUGAACCUCCUACUGGCAUGUUUGCUAAUUUACAUAAAGCUUUGGACAACUUUGACCAGAAUACAAUGGAGAUGUGUGCCAGAGAGACUGAAUUUAAGAGCAUUUUGUUCUCACUGUGCUAUUUCCAUGCUGUUGUCUGUGAGAGGCGUAAGUUUGGACCCCAGGGCUGGAACAGAGUGUACCCAUACAACACUGGAGAUUUGACCAUCAGUGCCAUGGUGUUGUACAAUUACUUAGAGGCCAAUGCCAAGGUUCCAUGGGAAGAUUUGAGAUACUUGUUCGGAGAAAUUAUGUAUGGUGGACACAUUACAGAUGACUGGGACAGACGUCUCUGUAAAACUUACCUAGAGGUCUACAUGCAUCCAGAUAUGCUUGAUGGUGAACUGUAUUUGGCCCAAGGUUUCCCAAGUCCACCAAACUCUGACUACAAGGGUUACCACUCUUACAUUGAUGAAUGCCUUCCACAAGAGAGUCCAUAUUUGUAUGGUCUCCAUCCUAAUGCUGAGAUUGAGUUCUUGACAACAAUAUCAGAGAACUUGUUUAGGACUGUAUUUGAGAUGCAGCCCCGAGAUGCUGGAGCCUCAGGAGGAACUGGUGUCAGUAGAGAAGAAAAGAUUAAGACUAUUUUAGACGAGAUUGUGGAGAAACUACCAGAAGAGUUUAACAUGUUAGAAAUUAUGGGUAAAGUUCCUCCUGAAGAGAGAACACCAUAUGUUGUUGUAGCCUUCCAGGAGACUGAGAGAAUGAAUGGUCUGACCUCAGAAAUCAAACGCACCCUCAGAGAACUUGACCUUGGACUAAAGGGAGAGUUAACCAUCACAGCUGAUAUGGAAAGCUUGGGUAAUGCCUUGUACUUAGAUGUCGUACCAGAGAAUUGGUCUAAGAAAGCCUACCCAUCACUCCAUGGUCUUGGGAUUUGGUAUGCUGACUUGUUGCUAAGGAUUAAAGAAUUAGAAACCUGGACUGCCGACUUCCAAUUACCUGCUGCUGUCUGGCUUGGUGGCUUCUUUAAUCCUCAAUCAUUCUUGACCGCUAUUAUGCAACAGAUGGCCAGAAAGAAUGAGUGGCCAUUGGAUCGUAUGGUCUUACAAUGUGAUGUCACUAAAAAGGCCAGAGAAGAUAUGGCAGGACCACCAAGAGAAGGUGCCUAUGUACAUGGUCUAUUCAUGGAAGGUGCACGCUGGGAUAUGCAGACCAGCAUGAUAGGGGAGGCUCGUCUUAAGGAACUGGCCCCAGCUAUGCCUGUCAUCUUUAUUAAAGCUAUACCUGUUGAUCGUAUGGACAACAGGAACAUUUAUGAGUGUCCAGUUUACAAGACCAAGAGUAGAGGACCAACAUUUGUCUGGACCUUUAAUCUCAAGUCUAAAGAGAAAGCAAGUAAAUGGGUACUUGGUGGAGUGGCUCUUCUACUUCAAGUAUGAAAAAAUAGGACUUCUUUGUUUUCUUGCUUAGUGUGCAUUUCUGAUUUGAUUUGUAUGUUUGAAAUUUAUUAAUUUAAUUACGUAUUUGAUAUAUAUUUAUAUUACAUACAUAGCUAAGUGAAUAGCAUUGUUAAAAAAAUUAUAUAAUGACUAUAAAAGAGAUAUUUUAUGAGGAAUAAAUACACCUGAAUCUGUCAGAUGAAGUAUUGAGGUUAUUUAUAGAACGUGUUUAUGUAUGUCAGAGAAGUACAAAGGAUUGAAAAUAUUUGUUUUGUGAGCACUAUAGACUUGAUUGAUUUAGAUAACAUUUAUGCAACAUACAUAAUACAUUGUACCAGUAUUAUUGAAAUAAAUUGAAUUUUGAAAGAAAGUUAACAUGUAUGCAACAUUCAUAAUACCAGUAUUAGUGAAAUAAAGUGAAUAUUGAAAAAAGAUAUAUUUUUUAAUAAAUAUGUCUUGUUUUCUUUUUUUAUUCCACAUCAGAUAAGCCUUACUUUGUGUAUUUUUGCACUAUCUGUUGAGUCAAAUUUACUUAAAUCCGUCCUAAGAUUAUAUAUGUUUUGUAACUGAAUUAUUUUUGUUCUAUUCUUUUUUUUAUAUAUUUAUACAUAUUGUUGAAUAAUAUAUAUAUUUGUUAUAUGUCACUACUAAAGUUAUUUGUUUAUUUGUGAUUUUUGAGUUUGAUGCAUAAUAAAAGAUGAAAAUUA